AUGAAGAUCACAAAGGCGCCAAAGCGUCUGGCACCAGCCGCCCCAGAGAUUGUGGCGCUGCAGGAGCGCAUCACAAAGUCAUCCGAUGACGAGCUACCGGCCGUGCUCGACAGCAUAUCCGAAUGGUGCUGGCCACGCGGCGAUCUCUACUACUGGACCGGCACACUCAAUCGCUUCGACACCAUCCUCGAAAAUGUCUGCCGCGACUACGAGCUGUCCAAGAUCCAGCUCAACGAGUUCACCCCCAUCACAAAGCGUCUCGUCGUCAGCAUCGUGCGCUUCUCCCGCCUUCUCAUCGAAAACUGCACCAACCGCAAGCUCUACAGCUCUUUCGAGCACCUCAACGAGCUUCUCUACACGCGAGACCUCGACGUGCUCGAGACCACCCUCCGCCUAGUCCUCCGAGCCGCACAGCAGCACAGCACUCACCAUCCUCGACACGAGUUCCAGAUCUCCAAGGACCGUCUCACCACGCUCUCCAUGAUAUGGACUCCCAGAGACCAUGGCCUUUCGCUCGUCGAUAUUGCCCGGCCCGAGGUUCAACUGCCGACCGGUGUGGCCGACGUUCGCUUCCAGUUCUUCAGGCGCAGUGGGUCAAUCAUUCAGACCGCAUCGACCUCUUCGCAGCCCGUCGCGUCCUCUUCGACCAUCUCCGCCAGCGAGUCACCUCACCCCAUUCGCACCGCGGCUUCUCCUCAUCAAACCCACCAGCAGUAUCAGCCGUCGACGUCAACGCCAACGCGCUCGCGCAACAGAGACACUCGCCCGGCCAUACUUCCCGCUCUGUCGGCCAGUGCCCUCCUCGCAACGCCAACACGUCCCGACGAAAGGGCCGAGAGCGCUGCAACGGCAGCAUCCGGCUCGACCUCGGCUGCAGGUCGUCGCGAAGGCUUGAUCACGGUCGAGCUGAACAAGGUCGCUGGCGAUCCCGCCGACGUAUUUGCCAAGGCGGUCGAGAGCUACGAGAUUCCAUCCGAGGAGCGCUUCGAGCUCUUCCAACGCGUCCGUCUGGCGAUCGGUCUUCAGAAUCAAGAAGCUCGCAAGCAGCUGCUCAUCUGUCGCCUCCUCGCCAUGGCCUGCUAUGGUCUCGUCAUCGGCGAAUCCGCCGCAAACACCCAGCUCUUCCUGUACGAGCCAGACCUGGUCCAGCGCGUCGCCGCACUCAUCGACCCUGUGCAGAAGCUCGACAUGGCCGUCCAGAGCAGCGCCUUCUACGCGCUCGAGAGUCUCGGCCGCUACCGCACCAAGAUCGCCGUGGUGCUCAACUCGGUCAACGCCUCGGUCAACCACGGCAUCAUCCUCAGUGUGCUGCGAAGCCUCAUCGACGACCUUCGCACCGACGAGCCCGUCUCGAGCGAUCACUUUGUUGACUCCGUCCUCAGCUUCGUCGCCUUCAUCGGGAAUACGUCGCUCGGCAGCCCCAUGAUCGUCGGUGCAGGACUCAUUCCUCUCCUCAUCGACCUCAUCGGCAUCCCAUGUCCAGAUCGCUACAUGGUGCAGCGUACCGUCUCUAGGGCGAUGGGCCUCAUGGACGCCCUCAUCUACUCGUUGCCCCAAUCUUUCGACCUCUUCUGCAACGCACGCGGCCUCGAUGUCAUGGUCGAUCGCAUCAAGGCCGAGGUGGAUCGCGACAUCGAGGAUGGCUCCGCUGAUCGCAUGAGCGACAGUGUCUUUGGCGAGCCAGGCCCAGACAACCUCUACGGCCGCCUCGCUUUUGGCCGCGCCGGGCUGAUCCGCUCCAUGUUCAAAUCGAUUUCUCAGAUGAUGGCCUUGACCGGCACCGGAGAUGGCCUGCGCAACCUUGUCAACACCUCGCUGCUGGACUCGCUCAAGCGCAUCAUCGUGCACCGAUCCAUCUUCGGUCCGCAGAUCUUCUCGCUGACCAUCCUCAUCAUCUCGGCCUUUGUUCACAACGAGCCGACCUCGCUCGCGAUCCUGCAGGAGGCCAAGAUCCCCGAGGCCUUCUUUGAUGCCAUCGAAGCCGACAUCGAGGCGAACUGGGAGGUCAUCUUUGCGAUCCCGAAUGCCAUCGGCGCCAUUUGCCUCAAUCAAGCUGGGCUCGACCUCUACAACUCUCGUCCACUCAUCCCCAAGCUCUUUUCGCUUUUCACUUCGGAGCGUCACAGCAAGGUGUUCCAGGAUCGCGACAAUGCCAACGCUUUUGGCGCUGCCAUCGACGAACUCAUGCGCCACCAGCCCAGCCUCAAGCCGCUCGUCAUGGAAUCGAUCAUGAAGACGCUCGACGAAAUUCAGCAGAUGGGCCGCACCUUUGUGCUGCCUGAGGACGCCAAGGCGCGUGCAGCGUACGGGUUGCUUCCUGUCGGUCAGGUCGCUGCCGAUGAAGCCGAUGCCACCACCGCUGCGGGCUCGACUGGCGGCCGUUCCGUCGCGCUGGCGGACGUGGUCACCGACGAGCCAGACCCGAUCCGCAAGGAAGACAUCACCAAGCUCGAGUCCAACCCGGUCAUUGCCUCCAUCGACGUGAUGGCCCGCUUUCUGGAGGGCCUCUUCCAGACCACCUCGCACUGCAAGGACUUCAUCAAGAUGGAUGGCUUCGACAAGCUGCUCAGCUUCUACUCGUUGCCGUGUCUUCCUUACGACUUUUCCGCGUCGCUGCUCGCCGACUCGCUCGUCACGCUCGUGCGCUUGAUGGCAGAGAUCAGUCCUAGCACGGUUCUGAUCGCCAUGCUCCGCGACGUCAAGGCCGCCUCGGAGGAAGCGGCGGCGCUGUUUGGCAUCACGGACAAGUCAUUCGCUUCCCUGACGUACGACAACACGGUUUCGCGGCUGUUGUGGAUGGCGACGCCCCGUGACGAGACAGAGGUGGAGCAGGCCAACCUCGCGUUCCGCAAGCUGGUGGGUCUGUGCUCGCGCACCCACCUCUUCACGGAUGUGUGCACGAUCACGUAUGUGGGUCACAAGCUGCCGUCCAUUUUCCUUCAGACCCUCGUGGCUAGCACGACAUCGGGUACCGUCAGCAUUGCAGAGCUCGGCGCGAUCCACCGUGCCUGCGCGUGGGAGAACAUGCUGCUCAAGACUUCGCUGCCGCCUCCGCAUCCCUCGGCCGAAACCGCCAAAGCCGACACGGAGCCAACAUCUGCAGAAGAUACGCAGACAGAAUCGCAGCAGUCAACCGCGACAGGUGCUGUUGACCUUCCUGCGCAGUCUUCGAAUGGCGCAACGGGCUCGUCCACGCGCAUGCCGCAGCCGCAACGCACCCCACAGCACGGCGUUCCGGAUGACCUCUUGCAAGAUCUUGCUGGUACCGUCGAGCAGCGCGCUCAGCCGCAAGACUCGACUCCGUCGCAGGACGAAGAUCCGAGACAGCGAAAUGCCGCUGCGCUGCGCUACGUUGCUUCGCAGGUCCCCUCCUCGCUCACCUCGCUUUUCGAAGAGACGGUCCGCUACCUAGCCCCCCGUCGCAGCGUCGAUGCUGCCCACAAGGCCGCCGCAUACACAGCCUCUGUGGAGAUCGCCAAGUUCCUCAAGGACCACCUCACGUGGCGAGAAUCGAGCAACGGCAUCAACAGCUUUGCCUUUGCCACGCUCAUGAUCUGCCAGACGAGCUGUCUCCUCUUCGACGAACGGCCCAGCUCUCCUGUCGUCUAUCCAGCCAUUUUGCGUGCCUUGGACAAGCAAGGCGGUCUUGAUGCCCUCUUCGACCUGUUCCGCCGCUAUGUGGCCGAGAUCGACCGAUUCUACAACGGUCACGGCAACAGCAUCGAACUCUCGGCCACCGACAUCGACGAGGCAGGCAUCAAGCUGGGUCACACCUGUGGCGGUCUCAAGGUGAUGCUAGGUCUGUUGCUUAAGCUCGUGCACUGUAAGGGUCUCAUCGACUCCGCUCAGACGACGCAACUCAUCCGCGAGGGCGGCAAGGACGUCUUUGAGCCUCACGCGUACCUGGUCCAGAUCCGCUUUGGGGUGCUGCAGCUGCUGCUCUCCGCCUGGGAUAAACCGUGGCUUCCUUCCAUGCCUGCAUCGGUGAAUCGCUUGAUGCUGCAGAACCUCUUGACCAUCCUCAAAGCACAGAACGAGUCAGCGUCCGCUCCUAAGAAGACCUCAACCACCUCUGGCGCUCCGGGUGCAUCCGGAACGCUCCCAUCGGGGCUGUUGAAUAUGGCUAAUCCAUUCGCGUUUGGUAGUGCGCCUCGCACAGCUCCUUCACCCAUUCGCAGGCCGCCCAACGAGGAGCGUGUCCGCACGAUGGUGGACAUGGGCUUCCCCGACGGUGCAGCCCGUCAUGCUCUGUCUCGCUGUCAGAACAAUCUCAACGCGGCCACCGAGUAUCUGCUGGCGCAUGACGAGCUCGUUGUCCACUACCGUGAUAAUCCGACUCAACCGUGGGGCGACGAGCGCACUGGUGCCACGGAUAGCCAGAACGGAGCUCGAGGGGCUGCUGAGCCGGCUGCACCGCCAUCCGACACUGGUGCGGCCGCCGACGCUCCUCCAGGUGGGGCUACAGCUACGAACGGUGCCGGUGACGAUCGUGCUGACACGACCAACGCCGCGGCCGGCGACGUACCAGACGCAGCGAUGGCCGACGCCAGCGGAAGCGGUGAGGCGGCUGCGGAGACGAGCGACAAGGAGGCGGAGACCGAUGACACGAUGGACACCGACAAGGUGGCCAAGCUGAAGGCCGAGUUGGAAGAGCGCCGUGACUCGCUGCGAGCUUCCCUGGUUGAACGAGGCUUGCAGCUGGCCGAUCAUCAUCCAGCGCUCGUCUUCGAAGUCAAGUCUGCCAUCAUCUUGCAGGCAUCGGAUCGAGCCAAGGCGAUGGCGCACAUCGAAACGCUUGUCAAGGUCAUUGAUGCCGAAGCAUCCGCUGCUUUCGGCGUCAAGGCUGACUUUGUCGCCUUGCGCAUGCAGCUGCUUGCUCUCGUGUUGCACGACGAGCAAAUUUUCAAGCAGCUCGAUCGCGACGUCGCCACGACCAUUCUGCGGUCGCUCGAAGGGCUGAUCAAGCUGUACGGAACCCGCCCCUCUUCGUCUGAGGACGCGAGCGUCCCUGGCUCGGCAUCCUCGACCGCUGAAUCCUCUCAAAAUGCUCGAGCCGCCACUCCAUCUGCAUCAUCUGCAGAGUCAACCCCUCCGAAGUCGACACCCAAGUGGCUGGCAUCCCUCAUUCUGGCUCUCGUCGGCAUCCUCGGCUUCUCGGAAGACAUUGCCGAAGUCAAGACCGACGAUGCUCUGCUCGAUGCGACGAUGGAUACCGAGUCCACUCCCUCCGAUACUGCUGGCAACGCAAAUGGGAUCACGACCGAAGCUGCUGGAGAAGGCGCCACCGCUGCCUCAGCAACCAUCAAGCCGGACCUGCCGCGCGUGCGAGUCGGCUCAGUGCCGAUCUCGGAUGCCCUCUUCCUCUUUGCCCUGCAGAUUUUCCGCGAGGCGACUUCGCUCGAGAGAAACGACUUGCUCGCAGCUUUCCGCCUGCUCACCGUAUUGACGCGUAACCACACGUACGCAGCUCGAUUCGCACGCGAGGGCGGCGUUCGCCUGAUUUUGGAGCCCUUCCGGGUGCUCGAGCCCAAGCAAGUCUCGGGAUGUCAGCCGUUCGUGGCCAUCGUACUGCGUCAUAUUGUCGAAGACGCUCAGACGCUGGCGAGCGUCAUGAGGCAAGAGAUUCACAGCCUGGUGGCGCAGUCGCGCAACAAGACCAGCGACACCUCGACGCUGGUUCGUCAGCUGGAUUGUGCCGUCCUGCGUGACCCCGACGUUUUCCUCGAGUCGGCCGUUGCCAAGGUGGAAAUGACCGAAUACUCGCCCACCAAGGGCAGCGGACACAUCAAGCUGCUGCAAGACCCGGCUGAGGCCGAGAAGAAAGAGGCCAAGGACUCCCCUUCGGAUCUAGGCAAUGGCUCGGCGAGUCUUGCGAGCCUCCGUCUCGGCGAUGAUCCGAUGGAAAAUGCUGCUGAUGGCGCCAGCGCAAAGGCCAACGAAGAGCCCGCCUUCUUCAAGUCAGCGACGCAAUUGUCGGUCCUCGCUGCUCCCUCCGAAGAGCUCGACGGCUUGAUGAGCUAUCUGCUGACCGAACUUCUUCGCGUCUCGGGAAGGAAGACCCAGUCCAUGACUGCGUCGGCGUCGAGCAGCACCGCUGAGAAUGCGACUGCUUCGAGCGAUGCUCAAGCCGCGGUCCUGGACGCUGCUGGCACUUCAUCGACCGCCUCGACCGCGACGAACGGAUCCGUGGCUGCCACGCAGGAGAAGACCGAAGAGGAGAAGCAGCAAGACAUUGCUUUCUUCUACUCGUGCUUCCUCAUGCAGUGCCUGACCGAGCUGCUCUCGUCGUACUCUUCCUGCAAGACCUCCUUUGUCAACUUCAGCAAGAAGCGUCUUUUCGCCGCUGCGGCCGGGAACGCUGCUACGCCCGUGUCCACGCCUGCUGCUGCUCCUGCGUCGGCGAGCGUCACCUUCGCGCCCGGCACUCCCGGCAGCAAGGAAACGUUCCGAACGCGUGCCGGCAUCCUGGGUACGUUCUUGACCGAGCUCGUCCCUGCUGGCUUCCUCAGCUCGUACGGCAGCACGGAGCUGCGCAGGAAGAUGACGCUGUCCAAUUGGGCCAUGUCGGUCCUCGUGGCUCUGGCAGCAGAUGUCUCCGUGCACAUCGACGUCAAAGAGGUCCCCGCCGACCUGAUCACAGUGCGCAGGACGAUGCUCGAUGCCAUCGCGAGGUCCAUCAAGGAAGCUGCUUCUUCUUCGGAAUCCAUCGAAGUGCGCUACGGCCGUCUGUACGCGCUGAGCGACCUCUGUUAUCGAUUGCUGAUCGCUCGUCCCAACAGCACGGGCGGCAAGCAGACCGAGGACCUGACGAUCCACAUGGCCAAGAUGAUGCUGGAGAAGAGCUUCGUCACUGUGCUGACCAGCGCCAUCGCCGAUGUUGAUCUCAACUUGCCGACCGUCAAGUCGCUACUCGAAGCCAUCUUGCGGCCCCUUGAGCAUCUGACCAAGGUUGCCAUCCGGAUGAGCAAGCCCAAGGCCAGCGCGCGCGCGGUCAUUGACGAGUCGGACGACGAGACCGACUUCUCCUCCGACUACGACAUGGAGGAGGACUUUGACGACGAUGACGAGGACGACGAGGACAUUGAGCGUGCCGAGACGCCCGAUUUCUACCGCAAUUCGUCCCUCGGCAUGCACACCGGCGAGAUGGACACAGGCCUCGAUGACGACGAGAUGUCGGACGAGGACAUGGAUGACGAAGACGACAUGGAGAUGGAGGACUUUGACACCGACACCGGCAGCGAGCUGUCCACAGACGAGGAGCUCGAGGGCAUGGACGGCGACGAUCCCCGCGUUGUGGAGCUGACCGAUUCCGACACGGACAUGGACGACUCGAGCGACGAUGACUCUGAUUCGGACGAGGACGACCACACGCAUUCGCAUGGCCAUGACAGCCACGAUGACGACGCCAGCAUCAUGGAUGAAGAGGACGAGUGGACCGACGAGGACGACGAGGACGACGACGGAACCGACCUCGACGAUGAAGAGGAGGAGGCGCUGGACUUUGUCUUCCAAGACGGCGAGGAGGGAUUGCCACCGAUCACAGAGGAGUUUGAGGAAGGCGACGAUCUUCCUGUGAUGGAGGGCGACAUGGUCGAUGGCCUGGUGGACGACGAGGAGAUCGAGAUGCUGGACGACGAGUCCAUCGACGGAGAUAUGGACCAGGACGAGCUUUCGCAGCUCGAGCUGGCGGAAGAGUAUGUCGGCCCGGCCGACGACCGCUUUGGCGCCAACUGGGGCUGGACCGCUGUGCCUGAUCCGCGCACGGCUGGUCUUGGCUCCUCCUCGGCUCGUCCUCGAACGGCUGGGCUCCUGCCACCGAACUUCUUCUUGCCCAAUGCCAUCGCCAACACGGGCAGUGGUACAGGCGGCCAUCGCCGACGCAACCUGAUCGAUUUCGACUCGAUGAUGGCACCUCGACGCACAGCGCCGCCGUCCGAUGAGAUCUCUACUCAUCCUCUGCUGGUGGACCAGUCGGAUGCCGAUGCUAGCCGUCACGCAGGACGAGCGACCCGCCGCGGCCCUGGCGGCGGAUCCCUACCCUCUGGCUAUGCGGACUGGGCUCAGUCCGUGGAAGACUUCGUGGGCGAAGGGGCUCUGCAAUUCCUUGAGCAUCUCCUCGCGCGAGGCGGUGCAGGCUCUCAGGAGAUCCGCAUCGAGAUGGGCGAUGGAGGCCGAAUGCGCAUCGACGGCAUUGACGUGACCGGCCGAGGAGGCCGCGGAGGUCACCAUCAUCACCAUCACCACAGUCACACCCAUCACGGACAAGCCGUGCUGGGCGGCGGUGGGCACCGGGCCGCCAACGACAGGCAAGCUGCGGCUCAGAACGACCCCGUCACCCUUGCUCAAUCUUUCACGCCCAUGCCGACACUGACGAGAUGGUCCGAGGAGGCACUGAUCCUCCUCCCGUCUUCUCCCGUCUCAGCCGAACGGACCUCCAGGAUGCGCGCUCACCUGAUCAAUGCGCUUCUGCCUGGCUUCAAGAAGCAUCGUUUGGAGACGCGUCGUCAGCUGGAAGAGGACCGAAAGGCGCUCGAGCAGGCCAAGCAGACACGAGAGAAGGCCGAAGCCGAGCUCAAGCGUCUGCGCGAGAGCAGGGAGCAGACCGAGAAAGAGCUCGAAGAGGCUCGCGAACGAUUGCGCCAGGGUGAGGAGCGUGCCAGGCAGAUGAUCGCAGAUGGCAUCGGCAGCAGCGAGCUUCAGUCCCUUCUUCCCUCUUCGUCAGCAGCGCCUGCAGAACAGUCUCAAGCGGGUGCCUCGCGUGAUGCUUCCAAUGCUAGCGAGGCUCCUGCAGCAGAGACCUCCGAUUCUGCGAACGCUGGUGCCGAGCUUACAUCGAGCUCGACAGCUGCCGCUCUGCCUGACGACGUCGAGAUGGCGGAUGCCGAACCCACGCAAGCCGGCUCGUCUUCGACUCAGCAAGCAGACGCAGCCACGACUGGCGCGCCCGAAACGCAAACCCACGAAGCUGCCACCGAGACGCCGCGCGCGACCAUUACCAUCAACGGCGAGGAGAUUGACAUCACCGACACUGGCAUCGAUCCCACCUUCCUCGAGGCGCUUCCGGACGAUCUGCGCGAGGAGGUGCUCAACCAGCACUUCCGGGAGCGUCGAGCUGCGGAGGCCACCAGCAACUUGCCUCAGCCUACGACGAUCGCACCCGAAUUUUUGGAUGCUCUCCCUCCCGAGCUGCGUGCCGAGGUCAUCCAGCAAGAAGCCAUCGAGACUUCGCGACGCCGCAUCCGCGAGCAGAUCGGCUCAGGCGGCAAUGGCGAUGGCCCUGACCAAGGCGUCGGACAGGGAGGUGCCGGAGAUCGAGGUUCUGCUGCCCCCUCUUCCACGCGAUCAGGCGCAGAGGGUGCUGGCGCGGCCAGACGUGACAGCGAGCAUCCAGCGUUCGACUUCCUUGACGCCGCCUUCGGCGAAGUGCUCCGAACCGGCGGUGCUCCUUCUGGCGUUCUGGGCGGCAUGGCAGGCCACGCCGCCACCACGGAUGGCGACAAUGCGGAUGGCCGGAACCGUCAGCAUCGCCGAUUCGACGAGGAGGAGAGUGACAGUCAGGACAUUUCGACUGGCACCAUUCGCGCUGUCCCCGCCUCUUCUGCAGCCGGACGGCUUGGAUCCGUGCCCAUCCGCAUGCUCAAUGCAUCCGGCAUUCCCAGACCUGCCGGUGCUGAGGCGCGUGAUGGAGCUGACGUGGACCCAACAAAGAAAGCCGGACCGCGCGACGCCAUUCAUCUGCUCGACAAGUCGGGCGUGGCCACACUCGUGCGUCUGCUCUUCUUCCCGCAAAUGAACGCCAAGCAGACCGCAUUGCACAAGGUGCUCGCCAACCUGGCAGAGAACUCCAAGACCCGUGCGGAGCUGCUCAACCUGCUUCUCAUGGUCUUAUCGGAAGGCUCGGUCGACGCGCACGCUGUGGACCGCUCGUUUGUAUCGAUGAGCAACCGCGCUCAUCGGAUGCACUCCACGCCGUCGCGACCGACGCCCAAGCGAUCUCUCACGGGCCCUGCCAGCGCUGCGCACCUUCCGACGUCCACACCAGAUGGGCCUGGCACGACUGGCGCCACUGCGCCGCUCUCCAAGACGGGCGACGAGGCGCCGUUCCUGAUUGCUUCUCGCAGCAUCGACACGUUGCUGCACCUGACCAAUGUCAACAAUCAGUCGGCCAUGUGGUUCCUGCGAAAUGAGGCGCGACCGCCGAAGAAGAGCAAGGGCAAGGAGAAGGAGACCGAGACGUCCGACCGCGGCAUCGCACCACUCAACAUCCUGCUCGGGUUGCUGGCCAAGGAAACGAUCCUGUCCAACAGUCAAUUGGUGGACUCGCUGCUGGAUCUGAUCAGCACGGUGACGAGGCCACUGAUGACGACGACGAACAGACCGUCGAGUGCGGAUGCCGAGCCAGCUGCGAAUGCCCCGCAGGUACCGAGUGAAGCGGCCACGAGCGCGGAGAUGGUGCGAAGCGACGGCCAGGACGCCGGCCCGAGCGAAACGACCUCCACGGCAGCACCUGCAGCUACAGACUCCGCAUCCGCUAACGCUGCCAACGCGAGCGACGAUACUGCCGCUACCACUUUGCAGACAGAGGUGGCGGCGAUCUCGGUCAAGCCUCGAACGGACGGUGCUCUCAAUUCGAUGCCAGUGAUCCCGGCGGAUCGACUUUGCAAUGUGGUCAAGCCUUUGGCUACGUCGAUCUCAAGCAAAGGCUUCCAGAGCACACUGGCGAUCGCUCUGCACCUGGGCGUUGUGCAGGGGGCGCGCGAGACCAUCUGCGAAGCAUUGCAAGCGCAGGCGAACCAAGCUUCGCAAUCGUUGGUGGGGGAUCUGGACGCGCUGCUCUCGACGCUUCCAGAGCCCGUGGAAGAGGAUGAAGAAGAGGAUGGUGGGAAGAAGACCAACACGGGCGCAGAAGGUGGUGUUGGCGGCAGUGGCGACUUGACGCCUGGAGCAGCGGCGCAGGCAGCAGCGGCAGCAGCUUCGGCUGGAGUGACGCAGUCCGGGAUUGUGAUCAGCGGGCCAACGGUGACGGACCGACUGUCGGCCAUGAGCGGAGCGCAACGGAUCGAGUCGAAGGCUUUGGCGACAUUGGCGAGCCCGGCGAACGCGCAGGCGGUGCUGCUGCGAAGUCUGCGCGCCUUGAACUACAUCUUGACCGGGCGAUGA